GGGGGCCCCAUCCGUUCCCGAAGCGGCGACGCAGUCGGGUGAUGUUUGGCCCCUCCUCCGUCGACAUGUUGGGCAAGGUCAUAUUUGUGCAUUCCGUGCCAUCGAACUUUGAAGUUGCCCGCAAGCGUUGAUUGAAUGGAUCGUUUCCUUGCGCAGCCGUCCACAUGUGAUUGGAACGCACGGGUUGACAAUGUUUUUUUUCUAAGAGUGUCGUUAUGCAGAGGAUGACUGCACUGAAACCAGUUCUGGAAUUGCCCAUCAUGUUUCCCGGCGAUAUGGUAUCCCCUUGUGAUUGUUACGGCGACGCCUGUUUGCAAUUGUGUGUCGCAGGGAUGAAGCUACACAAUUUGCAACAGUGUUUUAUGUGAUUGCCUCGAAGAGUUUGGUGGGGAGGCGCUUGUAGGAAAUAUACCCGCAAUCGUUGCCUGGUUAUUGCAUUCCUUUCAAGCGCGCCCGCCGGACCACGAAGCGAGAACCCAACAUGGCGACAUUAGCCACGCCACUGGGCCGACGAAAUUCCUACAGCAGCUGGGGGUCAUAACAGAUGACCCCCCCUACCCCAGUGCCGUGCCGCUUCGAAUUCCUACCGAGAAAUUAUACGAUCAGAUUGUAGAUCCCACGGUAUGUUUAAAGAAGCUGGCAGUUGCUUUCGAGCGCGGGUUCCCAUGCACGAUUGACUCUGGGCGAGCGCACGCUCGCGUCCAAGACGCCGUCAACAAGAUACCAGUUGCAUCCAUGAUCGGCGUGCAUGAGAAUUACACAGCGCCGCAACUAUCCAAGAAAUUGGUCCGAUAUUGGGCCAAGGCGUCAUUAUGCGUUGAUGGAGUGACUGCCCAUUGACUGAAAGCAGUGGUGGCUGACCAAAAGCAAGGUUUGAGUUGGUUCCCUGACGGCAUGCCCGCUUCAGUGCUUCAAGAUAAAUUCGGGUUGUGGCCGUUCGACUGGACGGUGUUUUACUGCCUUGUCGAUAAGAUCGAUACCCCGGCAUUGGAUCUCAGCGCUAACGUUGACCGCCUCAAAGAGACGGCGACGGCGUACCACGCAGACCACGGCUAUCCUCCGAACCCGGCCAAUUUGGCAUGCAUGGCCCUGGAACCCUCUGGACAGGCGCAGAAAAAGGCCAGGUUAUCUCGGCCGUCGGGGAGGAUCGGAGAGGCGCAGGAGUACUUGGGGUGCGAGGCCCCUUGCAUGGAAGAGGCAGAUGGCCCAUCGGGGCCGGCCCAUUGGGGCGGCCCGAAUACGCCGGGCGAGAUUGAGACUUGGGCGCGCGCGCUCCCGCUGCACACGACUGCGGCCCUGAGUUCCAAGAGCCCGGGAGUCUGGGAGUGCCCAGCUUGCCGCGCGAUUGAGGAUGUGCGGCUGCGCAAGAUACAGAAAACUGCGUGCCCCGGUUUCCCCCUUCCUGGGGGCGACCAGCAUCGCAUUUUCCUUCGCCGCUACAUUUCCCAGAUGCGGGGGCCCGCCUGCCCAACCUGGGUCCCGCAGAAAGUUCUUCGCAUUGCGCAGAGCGCUUGAGGCUGACAAAAAAUGCGCGGCCGCUGCUUUCGCCUCGCCGCCGCUUUCGCGGUCGCCGCCGCCGUUGCCGUGGGACGAGAAACAAAC